AUGGAGAAUCCAAAACGCUAUGACGUGGCUCUCUGGCAGGUACACGAAACCGAAAACGACUGCGAGCUCGUCAUACGAACCAAUAACGGAUACGCCUUCUAUUGCAGAAUCUUUCCGCAUCAUCUUCGUCAGUCGCCCAAAACCACAAAGCAGUACUUCAAGUGCUUAAAACUCCUGAGGUCUGGCGAAGAAGAACAGGACGAUUUCUAUGUGGAAGAUGCGUGCGACUGGCUGUCACACUUGUUCCAGCCUCUCAUCGCCCAACUGGCAUUAUCAUCUCCAGCGCUUCCCGAGGAAAGUCCCACACUCGAUCAGUAUCUUUUCCCUCAGCAUUUCGUCUGCGAUCUAGAAGUCAUCGACGAAGUCUCACGACCGUACCUAGCGGAGGACCAGGACCACGGUUGGUCUAGGCCGGUUCUGGUCGUGAAAGACGAAUUCAUCAAAGACCUCGACCAAUGGACUCGAUCUUACCAUCCGUCCGAUGUCCAGCUAGUUUACAAACACCCCAAAGACGUCUUAAUCAAACGACCAAAGAAAGUUCUUGUUGAUGCAAGCAAGGGUAGCGAGACCACGUGUUUCUUCAAACCUUUUGGACUCUCACUCGGUUCAGUGCAUGCGAAGAAGGAGCUUCUUACUUUGAGGGAAGUUACACAGCUACCUCGUGCCCCGGAGGCAUGGGUCUGUCGCCUCCAUGGUGUUGUUCGAGAGGGAAAUGUGUUGAUGGGCAUGCUAUUCACCUGGAUCGAUGCAACGGGAGUACUGGGUAGAGCAAGAGCUGAGAAUAGUUCAUCCGAUAUCCGAAAACGUUGGGCAGCACAGAUCCGCACAUCACUCGAGAAGCUGCAUGAUAGAGGCAUCAUCUGGGGCGAUGCAAAAGCCGAUAAUGUCCUGAUUGACAGGGACAACAAUGCCUGGGUCAUUGACUUUGGGGGCAGUUACACCCCUGGAUGGAUUGACAAGGAGAAGGCUGGGACGCUGGAAGGCGACGCACAAGGUUUGGCAAAAAUACUCGAUAUCCUCCGUUGA